AUGGCAAAUCAAGCUGCCUGGAUCCCCGCUGUAGAAGCAGACUUGGUGCUGCAAGACGGCACUGAAAUUCCUACGCCUGGCCACGGCGAGCUCCUGGUCAAGGUCAAAUGCAUAGCUUUCAGUCCAAUCGAGGCCAAGAUUCAGAAAUUCGGCACUCACCCUAUCCCUUACCCAUCAAUCCUCGGUACUUCCUUCGCCGGCAUCAUCGAAUCUGUGCCCCCUUCCACCACGGUCUUCAAACCGGGCGACAACAUUGCCGUCAUCCGUACCGGCGCCCACCAAGGCGACCCCCGCUUCGGCGCUUUCCAGAAAUUCGCCCUCGCCGAUAGUUCCUCCGUCUCCAAACUCCAUCCGUCAACCCCCCUCCCCGCUGCCGCGGCUUCAAUCCUGAACCUCGCCGCCGUCGUCUCCGCCCUGAGCAUCCACCUCGGCCUCUCACGCCCUCCCCUCUCCGGUCCUCCCCCUCCAGCCAACACCAAUAAGAAGGUCCUCAUCUACGGCGGCUCGAGCUCCUGCGGCGGCCUUGCCGUCAAAUACGCCGUCACGGCCGGGUACACCGUCGUCACUACCUCUUCUCCCGCAAACCAUGCCUUCGUGGCUUCCCUCGCCCCAGCCCACAUCAUCGACCACACCCUGCCGGCGACGGAAAUCGUGUCCGCCAUCCGCGCCCGAGGCCCAUACGCCGCAAUCUUCGACACCAUCGGUCUUCCCCCCUGCACCGACAUCCUCGUCGACUACCUCUCCUCCGUGGGCGGCGGGGCAUACAACACUCUGAUCCCGCUCGAGGGCCCGGAGAAGCCCAUCCCGGAGAACGUAGAGAGGAAGUUUGCGGCGUACAGUUGGGCGUUGGACGAGCCGAAGCAUGCCGAGAUCAGGGAAUGGUUCUACGAUGAGUAUCUGCCCAAGGGAUUGGAGAGCGGGUUGGUGGUGCCGACGAGGCAGCAUGCGGUGGAGGGGGGUUUGGGCGAGGCGCAGGGGGUUUUGGAUUUGAUCAUGAAGGGGGGUGUGAGUGGGCAUAAGUUGGUGAUGGAUCCGUGGGCGUGA